UCCGGGGCUCUGAUCACGGUCACCUAUUUAUAGUGCUGGGGGGGGCCUCUGCCCUCCCCACAGAAGCAGCGGAGAGGCAGCUCCGCUGCAAUGUCACUGGCGGCGUCACCGCCACUGCAGGCUGCCGGUACUCGCUGCUGCCGCAGGCGACAAAGGGGUGAGACCCCGGGCCGCCAGGCACCGUGUGAGGCAGGACGCUGCUGGCCACAUGGGCAGCACCAUGGAGCCCCCCGGGGGCGGGUACCUGCACCUGGGCGCCGUGACAUCCCCGGUGGGCACGGCCCGCGUGCUGCAGCUGGCGUUUGGCUGCACCACCUUCAGCCUGGUGGCCCACCGGGGCGGCUUCGCGGGCGUCCAGGGCACCUUCUGCAUGGCUGCCUGGGGUUUCUGCUUCGCACUCUCGGUCCUGGUGGUGGCCUGUGAGUUCACGCGGCUGCACAGCUGCCUGCGCCUGUCCUGGGGAAACUUCACGGCAGCCUUCGCCAUGCUGGCCACGCUGCUGUCCGCCACGGCCGCGGUCAUCUACCCGCUGUACUUCACCCGGCUGGAAUGCCCACCCGAUCCCGCGGGCUGCAUGGCCAGGGACUUCCGCCUGGCAGCCAGCAUCUUCGCCGGGCUCCUCUUCCUGGCCUACGCCGCAGAGGUGGCCUUGACCCGGGCCCGGCCCGGCCAGGUGGCCAGCUACAUGGCCACAGUGUCGGGGCUUCUCAAGAUCGUCCAGGCCUUUGUGGCCUGCAUCAUAUUUGGGGCGCUGGUCCACGACAGCCGUUACGGGCGCUAUGUGGCCACCCAGUGGUGCGUGGCCGUCUACAGCCUGUGCUUCCUGGCCACGGUGGCCGUGGUGGCCCUGAGCGUCCUGGGCCACACGGGGGCGCUGGGCUGCCCCUUCGACCGCGUGGUGGUCGUGUACACCUUUCUGGCCGUGCUCCUCUACCUCAGCGCCGCCGUGAUCUGGCCCGUCUUCUGUUUCGACCCCAAGUACGGUGAGCCCGGGCGGCCCCCCAACUGCCCGAGAGGCAGCUGUCCCUGGGACAGCCAGCUGGUGGUGGCCACCUUCACCUACGUCAACCUGCUCCUCUAUGUCGCCGACCUGGCCUACUCCCAGAGGAUACGCUUCGUGCCAAGCUCGUAGCCUGCCGGGCAGCGGCCCACCCGCCUCUGCUCUCCAGGGGCUCAGACACCCCAAGGGGACCCAGGCGAACCCAGGACCCCGGGACCUGCAGGAGGGAGGCCGCCAGGAGAGCCAGGGCUUCUGGCAGCGCUCAGCAGGUGGGCUCAGGGAGGGGCCGAGGGGCAGAGGGGCAGAGGCCCUGAACAGGUCUCGGGGGAGAAGCCUCUGCCAGGCAGCUCCGCACCCCCGGUCCCUCUGUGUCCAUCGCUCUGUUCUUGUUCUCUCUGUCUCUGUCUCUCUCUCCCUCCGCUGGCCCUCCCCGCCUCCACACUGGUCACAGCCACACACGAGAAGCCUUUGGAGCAGGCGCUGUUGUGACCCACUUCGCAGAUGGGGCCCCGGGACUCAGAUUAGGGAGUCGGCCCCACGUGACCGUCAGCAUCUGGAGCCCACGCCGGGCUGAGCGACUAAGUACCAUUGGAAGGGAAGGGGUCGGAGGGGAACCCAGGAGAGGGCCGGAGCCGGCGCUGCCUCCGGCCUCGAGGGGGCAGUUCCUGGAACCCUGGAAGGAUGGCUACCCAAGCAGGGCCCUGCUGGGGCACCUGUGCCAGCUCAAGAAGAAGGAACCAGAAAUCGGGACUCCAAUUCGUCCGCCUCUGAAUGGCCACAGUCCUGGAAGCCGAGCAAGGACUCUGGUGUGGCUGCACAGGCAGCCUCAACAAGCCGGAGCCAGCAGUACCUCUAAGAGCAUAGCAGGUCGAGGAGAAGCUGGGGACCCCCCCCGCCCCCGGCAGGGAGCCACCACUGGGCUCCCCCUGCUCUGGCUCCAUGCAGCAGCUUCCGCAGUGCCUACCGUGGGCCCCAGGGUCUGGCCCAGGAGAGGACCCGCCUGGGGCAACCACUGGGACACGAAGCCUGGGCACCAGGCAUCUCCUUGAUGCUCACAGGACCCCGACCUCCGCUCGUAGCCAUUCGUCCAGCCGCUGACCCCCAGGGCCUGCUGGUACCCUUGCCCUCCACACUCCAGCCUGCUUCUCCCACUCAAGAGCCCAGACUGGGCCAGCCCAGAGCAGCCCAUCCACUACCCAAGCACAGCAGUCACUCAGCGCAUAGAGCGGCCCAUGGCCUUGAGCAGGAAAUAAACACCAAUGCUUGACUGGCA